GGAGGCGGCGCGCAGACCGGUUUCUAACGGACGCUCGUUCCAUUCAACCUCGUGCGGCGGCGGCGCUUCGUCCUCCUCCUCCUCCUCCUCUCACAGACUCCUUCCAGAAUGCCAGGCCUUAGUUGUCGGUUUUACCUACACAAAUUUCCUGAGGUGGAAGAUGUAGUGAUGGUUAACGUUCGCUCCAUUGCGGAGAUGGGUGCCUAUGUCAGCCUAUUAGAGUACAACAACAUCGAAGGCAUGAUUCUCCUCAGUGAGCUAUCCAGGAGACGAAUCCGAUCCAUCAACAAACUCAUCCGCAUCGGAAGAAAUGAAUGUGUAGUUGUAAUUCGAGUUGACAAAGAAAAAGGUUACAUUGAUUUGUCUAAGCGCAGAGUUUCUUCAGAAGAAGCAAUGAAAUGUGAAGACAAGUUUACCAAGUCCAAGACCGUUUACAGCAUCUUGAGACAUGUGGCAGAAGUGCUUGAAUACACUAAGGAUGAACAGCUGGAUAGUCUCUUUCAGCGGACAGCCUGGGUCUUUGAUGAGAAGUACAGAAGGCCUGGAUAUGGAGCAUAUGAUGCAUUUAAACAGGCAGUUUCAGACCCUACCAUCCUGGAUAGUCUUGAGUUGACUGAAGAGGAGAGGGGUGUGCUGCUUGAAAAUAUCAAAAGACGUCUUACUCCACAAGCUGUUAAAAUCCGAGCAGAUAUUGAAGUGGCGUGUUAUGGAUAUGAAGGUAUAGAUGCAGUGAAAGAUGCACUUAGAGCUGGUCUAGAUUGUGCCACGGAAAGCAUGGCCAUCAAGAUAAAUCUAAUUGCUCCACCAAGGUACGUUAUGACCACUACAACGCUUGAGCGUACAGAAGGUCUUUCUGUCUUGAAUCAGGCCAUGGCUGCAAUUAAGGAGAGGAUUGAGGAGAAGAGGGGAGUUUUCAAUGUCCAGAUGGAGCCCAAGGUAGUUACAGACACAGACGAGACCGAGCUGGCUAGGCAGCUUGAACGACUGGAGCGGGAAAAUGCUGAGGUUGAUGGAGACGAUGAUGCUGAUGAAAUGGAAGCAAAACCUGAGGAUUAAUGCUGUGGGAAGGUUAUGUACACAAGAAGUGGAUCAGGGAAACGUAAACUCCAAUCAAAAUACAGACUCCAAAACCAUCAGUAUUGGAUGUAUCCAAACAAUUUCAUUCAAGAGUAUUUUAUUUCCCAUUUAUACAGGUUACAAUCAGGGAUUGUUUUUUACCAUUUGGAAUUAUUUUUCAAAGUAUCCGUUCCUAUUGAAAAUGUUCACAGUUGUCUUAACUCUGAGAAGCUGUAACUGUUCUCCAAAAAUAGUGAAAUCUUGAUGGAGGGAGUGGAGUUAGGCUUGUAUCUUAAACAGAAAACUUCAAAAUUAUAUUGAGACGCUUGUAAAUCACUGAUUGUGUAACACUUAACCUCACAGUGGAGUUUUACAAGAAUAUGGCUCUGCAAGAGGGACAGAACAUUUCUUUCUAGCAGAAUUGUAUUCAGACCUGAAACAAUAAAUAUUUGGAAAAUUUAAAAUG